AUGUCGAUUGAGGAAGCUAAUGCAUUCUACACCUCUAACCCCAAAAGGCCAUAUGACCCCCAUUCAAACACAUACAAUGAAGGUUGGAAGAAUCACCCAAAUUUUUCCUACAAGAAUACCCAGGCUCAACAAAAUCCACCUCCACCACCACCUCGAAACAACAACUACAAUGCACCACCUGGUUUCCAACCAAGGCCACCUCCAGUCCAACAACCUAUUCAACCACCUCCUCAAAAGUCCAACCUUGAACUAAUGUUGGAAAACUUUAUCACCACAACCAACAAUUCCAUCCAACAUCAAAACAGUUCCAUACAACAGCUACAAGCCCAGAGUAAGCUCAUGGAAAAUCAGAUAAGCCAACUUGCUCACCAAGUUGGUCAAUCCUUAAAGAUACCGGGGACCUUUCCGGGUCAGACAGAGCAACCACAGAAAGGGCAUUUGAAUGUUGUUACUUUGAGAAGUGAAAAGCAAUUGGAAGAUCCUCCUAUCAAGGAGCCAUCAAAGGAGGUCGUUGAAGAAGUAGGUGAAGGUGAGAAGGAGAUUCACAAUGCUACGGUCGAGGAUGAAGCAAAGGAUGCAACUCCAAAGCCACUUGCUCCAUAUAUGCCUAAAGUUCCUUUUCCUCAGAGGCUAGCCCAAGCUAAACUUAAGAAAAAGUACGGUAAAUUUCUUGACAUUCUUAAAAAGCUUCAUAUAAGUAUUCUGUUUUUAGAUGCUAUAUCCGAAACGCCUUAA